GUCUUCUUUGGCCUCCAUUAUUGCCUAACAUGUCACCAAAAGACUGUCAGAUGCCCGUACACACAAAUUAAGCGGUACCCAGCUGCCAUGCACAAAAUCAAGAUUUGCAGAUCUUGAAAUGCGGCAAUAAUCUACACAACAGUCAUUUUACGAACAAAAUUCACAAUACAAUACAUUCAGGAUCAAAAUCAACGCACAAACGAAUACGGGCAUCAAACCGCUUAAAGCCAUAAAAACCAGGCUGACUAUAAUCUUGGUAGAAACCGAGACAGGUCAUAAGUGAAAGUGUAUUUUAUAAACAAUAUUAUCAACAAUGGACAAGAAAUCAAUUGAAGAUUUAACUAAAUCUAUGUCCGAGUUAACUUUACUCUCAUUUAGGAAGUUAGAUGAAGUGAAAAAGUUGGCGAGACAUUUGAAAUAUGUUAUAAAUCAUCCGUUAACUCAAGCAAAUCCAGUGGUGCUAAAAUAUUUGAAGAAUAUGGAUGAUAUUCAUAAGAAUGUCUUUUUAAAGAAGCGUGAAGGUAUAGAUGUUGAAUACAUAUUUACAACGGAGAAGAAGAGUAGCAUGCAGCGACAGAGAUUUAACAGUUUACCAGUCAAUGAAGUACCAGAACUCUUAAAAGCAGAAUUCUUAACCAUAGAUAAUGCAAAACAAGUACAUAUUUGUACCGAUUGUGAUGUUGAAAUCGAGUUAUUUGAUGAUGUGCCUUUAAUGGAGUCAUUACAAAAGCAUUUCAGUCUAGAAGCGCAUAUGCCUAAGUUGAAACGUGAAAGUAUCGAUGUUGCAGAACCCAUUCUACUCCCGAAGAUGUCUCGUAGAUUAUCAGCUUUGGAAUGUGGUGAUAAUCAGAAUAUGGAGCAAAUAAUACAAAUGUUGAAGCCAGUUGAGAAAUUGGAUCGUUCGUACUCAACGAUGCUUGAAUCUGCAUUGAUUAAAUUGCUUCCAGAUAAUUCUGAAGCAAGUAUCGACGCUGCUAUGAAGUUCUAUCAAGAAGCGUACGACAAAUUGUGUAGUAAUAUAAGUGUGAUUGACUUUUCAACUCAAACAAGUUCAGUUGCACCAAUAAUUAUGAGUAUAAGAGACAAUGUAAAUCAAAACUUCGCCGUUGACGCAAACAAGAAUUAUGACAAUGACGAUAACGACCAUACAAAUGACAAACCAAUGAAAAAUCAAAUCAAAAAGUAUCGUUAUUAUGGACCUAUUGAGAAUAAUAUUGUUAAGUUACUCUUGAACCAUAAGUUGUUGACUUUAGUUGAUGAUAGGACUGGAAAACUAGCUUUUUUCUGUAUAACUUGCGAGUAUUAUACACUAAGAUUUAGGUAUGAUAGUGUUCUAAAUCAUGUGUUCAGCGAAACACAUAUACAUAACUUGGCUUGCAUCCUUCAAGCUGAUAAAAACAUCUCAUUCUCUAUGGGCAUACCUACAACGGACAAGAUCAAAGAUAUGAAUAAAGAUUUCUUAAGGAAUCAUUACAUAAAUGAGGAUAAUAACGGACAGAACUGCUCACUUUGUAGAGUACCUCUAGACAAUGAUUCUUUGAUAUUACAUAUCCUAGAUGAAAACCAUCUGGGAAAACUCUCCGAUAAGUUAUACAGGAAGAUGAAAGCCACUAACCCAGAUGGUCAAGUCCCCGAAGAAUGGGGACCGAAAUCCCUAGAUUGGACUAAAUUUUUAGCCAGUAGCGGCAAACCUUUGAAUAAUAGAGACCAUGUUGUUAUUGAAAAUUUCAUUAAACCAUCCGGAAAGAUUGCUAACUACUGUCUAUGCUGUGAUAUGACCUUGAAAGGUCCUCGACAGGUAUUAUUCAACCAUAUUCGUCAGAAGAAGCAUCUCAGGAAUGCAGCUCCGCACAAAUUGACAAUGUUGUAUAAAAAUUAUUGCCGACCGAGUGAAUAUUUUGCAAGUUUCGGCAAUCAUUACAUUUGUACAAUAUGCCCUGAGUAUAUCGCCUUACCAUCGUUUGCAGCGAUCGUGGAACAUUUUGAAAGCAAUUUGCAUAUUGAAACGAUUGCCAAAUUGAUACGUUCCGCACUUUAUGAUGUUGAUGAAGGGUUGUUUAUUAUGAAUAAAAUAUCUACGGAUGUUUUUAAAUGUGAUUUCUGUGAUGUUGUGUUUAAUAACGCGAACGAAGCUGUGAAACAUGUUUUAACUAAUUUGGAACACCAGAAUGCCUUAGCUGAUGUGAAAGUUGGGUCAAACAAAGGUGAUAUUAUAAGUGUUUAUAUGCAUGGAAAUUAUAUCUUGCACAGUGAAGGGGCUACAUUUAAUUGUGAGCCGUGUAAAAGUGUUUUUAGCUCUAUACGUUCUUUGUUAAUGCAUUUAGUUUACGCGGAACAUUUCGCUAAAAGGCCAACAUCGGAGAAUCUGUUCCGUUUCUAUUUGGAAUUGAAACAUAACAUAAAUAUGCUAGCUAGGAACAAGUAUGUUUAUUAUGAAUUCGGGAAAUUGAAGUGUGGGGUUUGCGAUGCUGAUGUUGAAGACAAUGAGAACGCUAAGAAACAUGUUGUGUCACUGCGUCAUAAAGAAAUUAUGGGGGCCAGUUAUGUUAAUAUUAAUUUGGAUGUGUCUGCAAUGGAAUAAGCUAUGAAUGCCGCCCGUACAAACUUCGUUGAAGUGUUUUAAUAAUAAUUAUGUUGAUAUAUAAUGUAUUUUACAAGGCGGAUAUAAAGUGAGUGAAGUUUUAAUAAAAUUGAAAUAAUUUUUUUUAUA